AUGAGGAGCCUCCGCAGGACGCACGGACAGGGCGGAAGCUGCCUGAACUUGGCGAACUCGGGCGAGGCCAGCAUCGUCUUGACCCCUUCCGCCUCAGGGCCCUCGAGCACGCUCGGGUCAAGCUCCAGGUCGACCUCAACCUGCUGCUCGGGGGCCGAGGGCGCCACCUGCUGCAUCGCCGCCUGCAACUCGAUCUUGAGUGCGUCGAUGUCCACGCGCAGGCUGCGCUGUCGGUCGUUGAGCUCCGCCAACGCCCGCUGCGCCUGCUCCACAACCUUAUUCUGCUCCGCAAUUGACUUGUCGAGAGCCUCGAACUUCUUCUGCUUGUCCGCCAGCUUGUGGCCCAACGUGGUAGCACGGGACAACACUGGCUUCUUGGACUGCACCUCCGCUCGAGGGGACGACUUGGCGUCGACCUUCUCCAUGAUGCGCUUCUCCAUGGUACGCCAGGAGGAGCACGAGCCGAUGAGCCCAGAGCGGCAGCUGCGGCCAACCUCAGCCAACCACGGCCGGCCCGUGCUCAAGAAGGACGGCAAGUCCAAGGACCGGGACGGCGCCGACCGGGCCGGCUGGUGGUUCGGGCCUGCGGUCGGUGGAGGCCAGGUGUGGGCCUUCCACGCGGGCGACGGCUCGACGGCGCCGCCUAGGUCUGGAUGGAGGGUGCCCCACGACGGCGCCGUGGACGCGGCCUUCUCGCUGCGGCCCGGCGGCGAGGAGGCCGAGGGGCAGGAAGCGCUGCGGAGACAGAUCGAGGAGCUGCGGCGGGAGAGGGCCGCGUUCCAGCGGCAGGCGGAGGAGGUCCAGCGGCGCGCGCAGGAGCGCGGGGCCCGGGAGCGGCUGCUGCGCGCGCGGCUCGGGGGU